GUUGUGGCCGUUGGGCGCGCGCUGUUUGAAUGGUUGUGUACUGCAAAGAUGGAGGCACAAAUGCAAGAGAUUAAGGCAUUAGCAGAUGAGAUGAUGAUUAUCCUCUCUGGUUGUCAAGGGGAAGUACUUCUGCAGAAUGCCAUGAAUUAUAAGGCAAAAAUGGUGAAUGUCUAUAUGGAAGUAGAACAAUGUGUGAAGCAGCAGUUAAGAGAGAUUCAGCAAUCACAGGAGCACGUGGCACAGGAAGUUAUAGAUGUGGGAGAAGAAAGAGAGAUAAGUUUUCUGGAAUUACAGAAGAUUAAAGAAAAGUGGAAAGAGACUCAACAACAGAAUUCUAAGAAUGAAAUGGAACUUGAAUUGUUACAGAAAGAACUGGAGGAGCUUGAGAAGUCUGAAAAAGAAAUGUCUAAAUUGGAAGAAGAGGUAGAUGAAGAUACUACAGUCGUUAUUCCAUCAACUAAGUACUUGGCCCACAUCUUCCACAAGGUUACUAAGAUCAUUUGGGACUAUGACUGCGACCCAUCACUUGUAAGAGGCGUUCACUUUGGAGUGGGUUUGGCACAACCCAUUAACAUUGAUUCUACUAAGCACUCUGACAGUUUCAUCUGCGAUUACCUGUGGAGUCUGGUGAGCACGGAUUGGUAAAUUAUUUUCUGGGCCUGGAACUAUAAGUAAAUUACAUAUUUUGGGUAUCCACGUUUUGAAUGAAAUCUUUCCAGUCACAUGGCUUCGAUCUUGGAAAAUAUAGCUUUCAUGAGUGAAAAGUUAACUCAACAGAUUCUUUGGAUGUGGUAUUUUUGUAAGGCCAUAUUUAAAAGAUGACUUUUGUACAACAAAGUAAGUUGGACAAUGUGUUUUUCCUAAUGGAGUGGAGGUGAUUGGAAAAUCUUCUCAACUACAACCAUGAAGGAAUAAAUCUGUUUACUACCACUCUGUGUCAAAAUACUAGAAUGUUGUAAAAUGCUAUUAAUCACUGUGUGUGUGUGUGUAUAUAUAUAUAUACAUAUAUAUUUAAUGUAAACUUUUACAGAAAUGAUUGAUCUAUUUGCUUUGGCAUAUGUAAAUUAAAAAAAAAAAUUGCUGCCAUGGGCAUGAGAACCGUAGUUGUUAUUAGAUGAAAAUUGCCCAUAUUUGCUACGUAACUAGAUCUGUAUUGGAACACACAGUGCUGGAGUAACUCAGCAGGUCAGACAGCAUCUCUGGAGGGCAUGGAUAUGACAUUUUCGGUCGAGUCCCUUCUUCAGACUGAUUGAAAUAG